UAUCAAUAAUGCUGUUGCAAUAAUCAAGAAAGAGUGUGGCACAACCUUAAUAAUAAUAAACAGCUUCAUCUCAUACUAUAAAGAUGAUUUCUGAAAAAUGGAGAAGAAUAUCUUCAGAAGUUGAUAAUUAAAAAGCAAGCAGACUCUAGUAACUACAAGAAAAAAUUAAAUAGAUUGAAAAAUAAGCAUUAACUGUUAAUAAUAGUCAAAUCAAAUAAUUAUAAGAUUCAAUAAAUACUCUCAACUAAAAUGUUUAAGAUCAUUUGACUUAAGAUUAUAAUCAUAAAACAUAAAAAACUUAUGAAAAUACAAAUAAUUCUUUAGAAAAGAGUCUACAACAAUAAAAUUAAUAAUCAUAGGAUAUGGAGAAGAGGUUAACUCAUCUACUUGAUUGGAGUAAUCUUUAAGACUAGUUGUCAAGAAAUGAAUCACAAUAUGAUUUUAGUCUUCAAAACAAAUUAUAAAUGAUUGCUGAUUCAGUUAAUUAGAUUGAAGACAUUCUAGAAAGUGAAAGAGAACAAAGGUAAAUCUAUAUUAUUAAUAAUAGAAUGUAAUCCUUUGAAUAAAUAGAAGGUGAAUUAGAACAAAAUCUUUUUUAACUUAAAAAUUAUAUUUCAUAAGAAUCUAGUCUAAGAAGAUAAAAAGAAAAUAAAAUAUUUGAUAUGAUAAAUGAUGUGCAUUAGAACUUAUCAUAUAUGUUGUAAGAUGAAAAGAAGGAAAGACAAAUUAUGACAAACAAUUUGAUGCAAUUAAUGGAUGAUGCUUGUCUUAGAAUUGAUAGAAGUCUAAGUUCAUUUUGA